AUGGGCGUCUCGGAGCAGUCGGCCCAGGAAGCGCCAAUGCCAGGCGACCAGCCAAGCCGCUUGGAGCUCUGCAAUACUGAAGAGCCAUGUGAAGAAUUUACAUCGAGGCAUAGUUUGGAAUGGAAGUUUUUGUUCCUGGACCACAGAGCUCCGCCUAUUAUAGGAUAUUUACCCUUUGAGGUUCUGGGAACGUCAGGGUAUGAUUACUACCACGCAGAUGACCUGGAGCUUCUUGCUAGGUGCCAUGAACACUUGAUGCAGUUUGGAAAAGGAAAGUCCUGUUACUAUCGGUUCCUGACCAAAGGCCAGCAGUGGAUAUGGCUGCAGACACACUACUACAUCACCUACCACCAGUGGAAUUCCAAACCCGAGUUCAUCGUUUGCACUCACCUGGUAGUUAGUUAUGCGGAAGUUCGAGCUGAAAGACGGCGAGAUCUCGGCCUUGAAGAGUCAUCAAUUGAACUGGCAUCCUCUUCUCUAAAGAGCCACAGCAGCUACCUGGACGUGGGGCAGUGCGGCAGCAGCCAGGACGCCAGCCGGGAGGGAGUGUCGCUGUCGUCCCACAGCUCCCGGCGCUCCUCGCACACCGCCCUCUCCGACUCGGCGUCCACAUCGUCCAUGCGACACACGGACACCAGCACUCCCACCCGGCCGUCGGUGCCGGGGGGGCAGGCGGAGAAGGCAGCCCUGCGGCUGGCAUCAGCUGGAAGUGCUCAGCCAGUGUACCAUUUCCCAACCCAGCUGGGGAUGAUGCAUCAGCUGAAAGAGCAGCUGGAGGAGAGGACUCGCAUCCUGCAAGCUGACAUCAAGACGCAGCAAGAAGAGCUCCACGUCAUCAAGGAGCAGCUCCAGCUAGUGCAGGACUCCAACCUGCAGAUGCUGAUGCAGCAGCCGAUCCCCGUCGUCUUUAACAACGUGCAGCACCCGAGCCCCAGGAGGCCGCUGCCGCCGGGGACGCCCAGGCAGACCACAGCCAAGAAGUCACAACAGCAAGGCCUUACGGGGACGAAGCACUACUGCAACACCCGCCUGCCGUCACCGCGCCAGUUCCUCAGGGACCCCCGCGGCACGGCCGCCCAGGCGCAUCCCAUUACAGUGGCUGCACAGAUGCCGACUGACGGCAGCGAAAGGCAACCACAGUCUGACUACAGCCAGGACAGGAGCCUCAGGAUGCUGUUGGAUCAGUCUAUCCAAGCCAUGAUGCCCGCUGCCAACAGCAGUGGCCAGUCCACGCAGAGCAGUGCCAGCAGGCAGCAAGGAAAAUUCGUUGCAGAGCAGCAGAUCUUGCCUCCCCCAAUACAGAUGCAACCGAUUACCUGUAGCACCGUCCGACCUCCAGCCCCACCGCCCGUUUUUGCCCCGUCUCUGAUGAUCCCACACACCAGCUUCACAUCCCACCAGGCAAACACACCGGUUCAUCUCCACCAGUGGCCACAGCAGCAGGGUCAGCAGCACCGUCUCUCAGUCCAGAUGCAAGGUCCUGAGCCGGUGCCUGGGGGUCCGACACAGCGCAUUUUCCAGCCCCCCCACGCCCCACAGCAGAACCCCCUGAGCUACUUCCUCCAC